AUGGUGGGUAAAAGUAACGUUCAGGGCGAGAUCUCCCACGGACUGGAGCAACAGACCCCGAAACGCGAACGUCGCAGAGAAUUUCAGGAUUUCGACAAGCACAUCGACUAUUCCUCGUUGCCGCUUCUGGAUGACACUGUGACUGAAGUGCUUUUGGAAGAACUCUCCAGCAGCCCUUUUGCAUCGCUUGCCAGAACAUUGAGAUACACGACGCGCGAAGACCCUUCGAGGGUCGUCUAUCCCUCGUAUCGUGAAGUCCCUUCAUUUCCACAUAUAAACAUGGCGGAAUUGUCAGAUGAGAUGAUGAUUACUGCUGGAGUUUGCAAAGUCUUCAAUGUCCAUACCAAGACACGCGAUACUUAUUGA